AUGACUCAGAGUGGGCAGGAUGGUGACAGAGGUCAUCAGAACUGGUUUUGGAGCGACAACUCCCCCUUCAGGAUGAGUGAUUGGACCAAGCAGAAGCAGGGAAAUAUCAGCGAGGGCGGAGCUUGCAUGGAAAUGGACCCAAUAAUUCCUCUCGUCUUGACUGUCCUCCUGACUGAGACGUCUGCUUCACUGUCAUCUUCAGGGACGGAGCAGGUCUUUUCAUGCCCACCUCGGUGGCUCCUGUUUGGGCAGAGAUGCUUCGCUUUCUACCCUGUGUGGAGCUCCUGGAGCGAUGCCGAUUUAUUGUGCUCUCAGGCAGCUGGUAAACUGGCGUCGCUUCACACACCAAAGGAGAGACAGUUUGUCCGUCUGCUAGCAAACACACACACACCUGUGUGGCUGGGUGGAUACCAGGAACAGCAGAACUGGUUUUGGAGCGACAACUCCCCCUUCAGGAUGAGUGAUUGGACCAAGCAGAAGCAGGGAAAUAUCAGCGAGGGCGGAGCUUGCAUGGAAAUGGACCCAAUAAGUGGAAAGCUGCACAGCGCCCCCUGUGGAGAGCUCAGGUUCUACAUCUGCUCCACCACAGUCAGGUAG